AUUUAAGAGGAUUGUAUCAAUUAUCAGCAGUCACUAACACCUGCAAAGCUCUAGGGACUUCCUACUACUACUAGUACUACUACUACUACAUACAAGCCUCCCAUACUAUCUCUUCAAGCAACCACCAUGUUCUGUCUCAGGAGCUGGCUCCCCCUCCUCUUCAUCCCAACCAACGCAUCCCCCCUCUUCCUCAUCUCCUACGUCGCCCUCACCUACAUCCUCCACCGACCAUGCAUUUACUGCACAGCGCUUCUGAUUAUCCUCUUCGCCUCGUCCUGCAACUGGUCUGAUCACUGUUUCUUCGAUCUUCGCCGUGACUGGUUCUCGCCACCAUUUGUUUCCUCUGCAGAUACUGUGCAAAACGCCACAACUGCUGCCACGAGUGCUGGGAAUGUUUCGUCUCUCUCCCCGGAUCAGAUGGUUUCGCCUCUUGAGGACGGAGGAUUAGCGGGGUAUAUAUUUGAGGCAGUGAAUUCGACGACAAAGGCGUUGGCGGGUGCGACGGUUGAGGGGGUGCAGCGGAGAUUUGCGCAUAAUGAGACUGCUUCGACUACUGGUGCUGCUGACGGGCAAGGAUGGACUGGGGUUGGACUGGAAUGGUUGCGCAGUUUGCUGGGAAGGCGAGAAUGGACGAUUCCGUGCGUGGAUGUCAAGGUUCGGUUAUAGAUCUUAAUGGGCUUAUAUGUGUCUUGAGUCUGGAUAGCUAGUUGGAUGUUUGAUUAGCGCUGGAAUUGGCGUCCUUCACUGUACAUUUUUGCUUUUCUUCGGAAUAGAUGCACAUGCUAAUUUUCAAUUAUCUACAUUGCUUUUCUGCAAUAUUCAUCGCAUCAAUAGCAGCUCGACAACUCAUCCUAGUCUCCUCAAUCCUCAGGCCUUCUCUUCCAAAACUCCCACCUUGCAAUCGAGAACCCCUUCUUCCCAUCCCGGAG